AUGUAUCUAGAUGCAGAAGCCUUGGCAGAGGCUCCCUACCGUAAGCAAGAGAACUCUUCUGAAAACACUAAUUCACAACAGCAACCUGCCUCCUCUUCCGCCUCUCACCAACCCGGUGCUGGUUCGGCUUCUUCCAUCCCCAGCCCUCCUAGGUAUGGGUCUAAUGGAGUACCGUCUAGUUCCGUUUCCACCUCUCAUAAAACCUAUAAAGAUCAUGGCAAUGAUGGUCGAUUGACCCCUCCUCCUGCUUCUAUGGGGUAUCGCUACAGUGAAAGCAGGUCUCGCCCCACUCGCUUAUCUGAUGAACGCGAGCGACCCCGCCGUUCUUCUCACAAUUCUUUAAGCCCAAUUUCUAGGAGAACUCGCUCUCCCUCGCGGUCUCCUUCCCCUGGUGCUUCCCGUCGCUACCGCUCUCCUAGAAGCUUACGUGACAACAGUCCUCGAUCACGUAGACGGUACUCUCGCAGUGACCGUUCCUAUCGUCGUCACGAGGAAAGUCCUCAAAGCCCUCCUCGCUAUUCUAGCAGACGUAGUCGCUAUCGAGAUGAUCAUCGUUCUCGCCGACGAGGUGUUGAGGAUGAUUUUGAGCGCCGAAGCCGACGUCGCGAUCACAGUAGAGGCAGGUCUCGCGGCCGUGAUCCCUCUCCUAUCAACGAAGACGAUCUUGACAGACGUACCGUGUUUGUUUCUCAGCUAGCAAAUAGAUUAACAACUAGAGAAUUAUCUGACUUUUUUGAACAGGCUGGUCCUGUUCGUGAUGCUCAAAUUGUUCGAGACAAGGUUAGCGGUCGCUCCAAAGGUGUUGCGUACGUGGAAUUUCGAGAUGAAGAUUCUGUUCAACAUGCACUUUCUCUUUCUGGAAAACGUCUUUUAGGUAUUCCCGUCAUUGUUCAGCUCACAGAAGCGGAGAAAAACCGUAAAGCUCGUGAAGCAGCAGAUGAUGAGGACGUUAAAGCCAUUUUUGAUCCGUUUGGUGAAAUUGAACUUGUUCGUUUGCAGCGAGAUGAACAAAAUAGAAGCAAAGGGUUUGGCUAUAUUCAAUAUCGAGAUCCGAUGUGUGCUCGAAAUGCGCUUGAAAAAAUGAACGGAUUUGAUUUAGCUGGAAGAAGCAUGCGGGUUUGUUUAGGAAAUGAUAAAUUUACUACGGAGACAACUAGUUCCAUGCUAAAGCGAUUUGAUGACAUGCUGAAUCGAACUGAACGUUCUCAUUAUCGACAAGGGCGGACACGUCAAACCUCCGUUUCUGCAUCUAGGGAUUUGUCUCCAGAAGCAGAACCUUUAUCUCCAAGUGAGCAAGAAGGCCGUCCUAUUUCACGUGAUGAGCUUAUGAAAAAACUUGCUCGAAUUGACGAUGCUAGUCCUGUUCCAACUAUGGACGUGCACCCUGAUCCAACUCGAUAUCGGUCUGUUAUUUUGAAAAAUAUGUUUGAUCCUAAAGAGGAAACGUCUGCUACUUGGGUCGAAGAAUUGGAACAAGACGUUCGUGAAGAAUGUGAAAAUAAAUAUGGAAGAGUAAUGCAUAUUACGGUAGUGCCAAGUGAAGCUGGUGAAAUUUUUGUCAAGUUUAAGACGUUUGAAGAAUGCGAAAAAGCUGUUCUUGGACUUCAUCAGCGAUGGUUUGGUGGCCGAAAAAUUAUAGCUUCUAAAAUUUCUGAAGCUGAUUAUAAUAUCAGAUUUCCUGAUGCUAAGCAUGUUUAG